CCAGCGGCCCCAGCAGGCCCCAGCCAGAGGAGCCAGAGCCCCGACACUGCCCGACUGCCCCGACGAGUGCUCCGCCCGCUCCGCCAUGACCGUGUUUUCGUUGGCCUCGCGUCCGGCCGAAAUGCUCGCGAACCGUGCCGUUUUCUGACUCUGCGUGUCCGCCGCGUGUCCGAGUCACGCGUCCGUCCCGUGUCGCCGUGUCGUGUCGCGUCGCGUCGCCGCUAGGGCAGCGGGCGGGCAGCAGCCAGGGCAGUGGGCGGGUAGUAGUAGGGGCCUGCCAGGUGGGACAUGGUUACCUGGCCGGCCGCGUUCACGCUCCUCAUCCUCGCCCUCCUGCCCUCCCUCGUCCUCCUCAUCAAGUACGAUGCCGAGACGGCGGACCGCCAGGAGUCCAUCAGGAACGUCGUAGUACAAACUUGGGCUGAAAAACUUGGACUUGAGCUCUGGAACUUCGGAGAACAUGUCACGAGACGGAAGGAGGUCCAAGAGAGCUACAAGGCAGCCACCGUGGAGCCGCGGGAGGGCGGGAAACUGUUGGACGAGAUCGCGCAGGACAUCGAGAACAUGAUGCUCCUCAAGAUCAGCGCCGUCAAGCGCAUCAUGGACGCCGCCCAGGAGAUGGCCAUGUCCGCGCCCGACGAGGUCGUCAACGACUUCCCCUACUUCAACGCCAAGCAGCUGGUGAACCCCGGCAGCGUCGGCGAGACGGAGAACGGUAACGGCAACGGCUUCGUCUACGGCAACGGCUUCUACGGCGAGCCGCCGUCCCUCUCGGAGCGGCCGCAGGAGAUGCUGCUCACGCCCAACAAGCACUUCUCCAACAUCCCCGUCAACACGUCGCUGAGCGCCGUGCACGUGCCCACCAACGUGUACGACGGAGCGCCCGAGGUGAUGCGCGCCAUCAAGUGGUCCCAGGACCUGGACCGCAUCUUCAUCCACAACUACCGCGGGGACCCGUUCCUGUCCUGGCAGUACUUCGGCAGCUCGUCUGGCUUCAUGCGCCAGUUCCCAGCCAUGCAGUGGAAGCAGGACCCGGUGGACCUGUACGACUGCCGGACGCGCUCCUGGUACAUCGAGGCGGCCGCCAGCCCCAAGGACGUCCUCAUCCUGGUGGACAACUCGGGCUCCAUGACGGGCAUGCGGCGUGAGAUCGCGCGCCACGUCGUCAACAACAUCCUGGACACGCUGGGCAACAACGACUUCGUCAACAUCCUCACCUUCGCCGACGAUGUGAUGGAGGUGGUGCCCUGCUUCAAGGAGACCCUGGUGCAGGCCAACCUGGCCAACAUCCGGGAGCUCAAGAUGGGCAUGGAGGACAUGGAGACCAACUCCAUCGCCAACUUCUCCUUGGCGCUGACCAGGGCGUUCGACAUCUUGCAAAUGUACCGAGGCGCGCGGCUGGGCGCGUGCUGCAACCAGGCCAUCAUGCUCAUCACCGACGGCGUGCCCUACAACUUCAAGGAGAUCUUCGAGGAGUACAACUGGCGGUCCAUGCAGCCCGAGGGCUUCAUGCCGGUGCGCGUCUUCACGUACCUCAUCGGCCGUGAGGUAGCCGACGUGCGCGAGGUCAAGUGGAUGGCGUGCGCCAACCGGGGGUACUACGUGCACCUGAGCACGCUGGCCGAGGUGCGGGAGCAGGUGCUGCACUACGUGCCCGUGAUGGCUCGGCCGCUCGUCCUGGGCCGCGUGGAGCACCCCAUCAUCUGGACGCCCGUCUACGCCGACGUGACGGACCCCAAGAUGACGGACUGGUUGUGGGAGGUGCGAGAGAGCUCGGAGCAGAAGAAGAUCUUCCAGAACUACCGGAAGGACAAGCAGGGUUUCCUCAUGAAGGUGGACCGCGAUCCCCGCCACUUCAGGAAGAAGAACAGAAACGACCCGAACUCGAAAUACAACGACUACCAAUUGAUGACGUCAGUGUCGAUGCCCGUUUAUGACCUGCGCGAAAAUGCGAACAUCACUGAGCGCGUGCUAAUAAACGAAGCUUAUUGGGUUACUGAGACCAGAGAGACGCGGGUGGCCAACCUGCUCGGCGUGGCCGGGACGGACGUGCCGAUCCAGGAGAUCCAGCGCCUCAUGAACGCGCACAAGCUCGGAGUGAACGCGUACGCCUUCCUCGUGACCAACAACGGCUACAUCCUCGUGCACCCGGACCUGCGGCCCACGUUCGGCGACAUCCUGAAGCCCAGCUACAACGCGGUGGACUUCGCGGAGGUGGAGCUGGUGGACGAUGCGCGCCGACCGCGGGAGCUGGACCCGGUGCUCACGCAGCUCCGGGACGACCUGGUGAACCAGAACAACGGCUCCAAGUACAUCGACGUCAAGUACCACUACGACGACAUGCGCCGCAUCGGCCUGGUGCGCCGCCACUACUACUACCGGCCGCUGCUCAACUUCUCGCUGGCCAUCGCCGUGCCCGAGCCGUACGGCAAGCACCGCGUCCGCGCCGAGCUCGAGAUCCACCGCGUGCACAUCGAGGGCAAGCACAACGUGAUGGACUACUUCAAGGGCAAGAACUGGAAGGUGCACCCCGACUGGGACUACUGCAAGUACCUGUACGAGGCCGAGCACAGCUUCGAGACGCCGGAGGCCGAGCUGAUGCACUUCCUCAACAAGACGGGGCGCAGCGGCUGGAAGUGGCUCACCAAGCGGAACUUCCCGUCGCCCGAGCAUGCCGGCAACACCUCCGGCACGCCCUUCAACAAGGACCACUACUUCUGUGACCGGUCGCUGUUCCAGUCGCUGGUCAUGGACGCCAAGGUCACGGAGUGGUUCAACAACAACCUGGCCGCGCCCAGCGACAAGGGAGCGUUAGCGCUGCUACUUUUAUUGCUGCCAAGGAAGGAGUACCAGGCGCGCUACGGCUUCUGCAUCGCCUUCAUGGCGACGCACAGCGGGCUCACCCGCUGGAUCGACUUCCACGCCAACGAGGCCAACGUCCACGACGACCAGCACUUCAGCGAGAUCCACAACCGAGCCAUCGACGAGCUGUGGUACCAGCGCGCGGUGGAGCAGUUCGAGGAGAGCAACUCCAGCUUCGUGUACUCGGUGCCGCACCAGGAGUCAGAGGGAGGGGUGCUGGGCGGUCCUAUCUGCAGAGGCUACAAGAACGGCACGCUGGUGACGGCCAGCCACGCCGUGUUCCACUACGACAGCCACAAGGGCACGCGCGCGCCCGCCGCCGUCGUGGGCUUCCAGGUGCAGCACUCGGCCCUGCACACGCUCUUCACCAACAUCACGUCCACCGCCUCGCCGCAGCUCUGCGGCGGCAAGAAGUGCAAGACGUGCGAGUCCAACGAGGUGGACUGCUUCGUGCUGGACAACCACGGCUUCGUGGUGGUGUCCGAGGAGCUGGCGCACACGGGCCGCUUCUUCGGCGAGAUCCGCGGCGCCAUCAUGGAGAUGCUGGUGCGGGAGAACAUGUACCGCCGCAUCACCGUGUACGACUACCAGGCAGUGUGCUUCCGGCCCGACGGCCAGAUCAGCGCCGGGCCCAGGCGCGCCGUCACGCCCUGGAUGCACCUCAAGAUGCUGGCGCACUGGCUGUUCACGGCGCUCAUCUGGCUCGGCACGCACACCAUGGCGCAGGCCGGCGCCCUCAUGCAGGUGUCUCGCGACCAGGAGGCGGACUACACGGACGCAGACAUCGCGUACGACAACGCGCCGGACCCGACGGUGCCGAACGGCCUGGAGGACAAGGUGACCAAGGUGCCGAUGGAGCGCCUGUUCCAGAAGCUGCUCAUCAACCGGACGCGGCCGCAGCCUUGCGACCAGCAGGUGGACCUGUUCCUGCUGGCCAACACGUCGGACAAGGGCGGCGGCGGCGGGCCCCGCGGCAUCCACAUGCCCAUGGCGGGCUGCGAGCGGCCCUUCGUGGCGCACAGCAUCCCGCACAGCAACCUGCUGCUGCUCGUCGUGGACGCGCUGUGCCCGCAGGUGGAGCACGAGGUCACCCUCAUCCCCCAGGAGGUGCUGUACAACUCGUCGCUCAGCUGCUUCAAGGUGGGGUCCUCGUGGGACCUGAACCGGAAGAAGCCCCGGUCCUGCUUCAACCACCACCCCAAGGAACGGGAAAUAGAGCUCUGCGGGAGGGGAGCGUUCCAAGGUGCCAACUUGCUCCUUAGCAUUUGCCUCGCAUUGGUGACGCUAUGCAUAGGGGCAGGUCACAGCCUUCUCAGACUUUUGUGAGGUUGAAACAUUCCUAUCCGUUAUUGUUUGAUAUAGUGAGCCCGUUUGACUGUGAUAUACGAUUAGUAUUUUAAAUUUAAGCUCCCAGUGUGAAUAUGAGAUACUCCCUACUUUAUACAUUCCCCAAGUGAAGAACUGACAAUGACAGGUCAUUCCCUUUGAAGAUGCGGGGUCACUCUUGCUUGAUGCUUCUGUUUUUAAUGCACCAUUAAAUUUCCCCCUAUAUUUACAUUUAUUUUUAAAACAAACCCAGGUGGAGAUAUAUGUAUAUGAUAUUAUUAAACUAAACUAAAAUUGAAAAUCCCAAAUUAUUGAGGGAAAAAAUUUAAGUACCUUUUAAAAAUACUUCCAACAAAUUUUGUUCUUUAUUGAUAAAGGUCGUACACAAGCAGUUACCUUUCUGUACCCUUCCAAAACCCACGCCAAAAAUUAUGAAAAAAAGGAAGAAAAAUACGGUCUUUUUUUUGUUAGUACGCACUGUGUAUUUGCAAACCAUUUAUACCUAUAUAACUAUUUGUCUUUAUCUUCGGAAGGAAACAAAUAUCAUAGUAUGUAUUAUAUCAUUAUGGUGCUGAUAGAUGAAGAUAGAGGUAUUAAUCUGUAAGAGUCUGAUUGAUGAGUAUCAAUAUCAAAAGUUAUGGCAUAUACGUCCACAAAACAUAUCCCAGAAUGUUACACAUGUCAUAAGUUUUAAAACAGUUAAGUCCUUCUGUUAUGAAUCUGCUCAACAAUUUGACAUAUUGCACUGUAAGCUGAGUGCAAACUAUUUGGUUUAACAUUUCUACUGUAAAAAAGAAUUGUACUUUUUCUUUUUUGUUAGAAUACAAAACCUCAUGUUCAACUGAGCCCUUGCUGAAGAUCAUCUCUUACUGGAGAUUGAAGAAAGUUCUUACCCCUCCCUACCAUGGUCCUGUGUAAGUUACCUUCACCUUCAGAUAAUUUGGGACAAACAUUGUGUGACCAAUGAGUUCACCCGUCCAACUAUUUGCUUCAUUCCCUGCCUUUUUGAAAAUGAGCAAAAUCUUUACAGAGUCUCAUUUUUCAUUUUCUUUUGCUUGUGGCAUACCUCCUUGUAAAAUGUCGCAGCUGCUUUGAAGGUAGUCUGACGACAUAAUGUCUAAUGCUUUGCAAGAAGACGUUACCUGCAAUUUUAAGUAACUUUUCCCUCUUCUCUAUUUUUUGUAUUUCUUUUAAGAAUAACUAUGUUAAAGACUACAAUGCAACUCUACACUUUUGAAUUCCAAUUUGAGAUCCAAUAACUGUUACUUUUGUCUGUUGCAUCCAAGAACUGCCUUUCACUUGUCCUUCUGGAAAUCAUAUCAUGCAUUUUGAACUUCUUCUAAAAACUGAAUGGAAAAGAAUUUUAUGUAAAAAUGCACGGAUGAUAGGUUGAUAUGGAACUGGUAUUUUGUUAUGUGGUAGAGGCAAUACACAAAACAGUAAAUCACAUUGUUUACUGUUGUUGGGAUUGCAAUUUAGAAAGUCGCAUUUACACAGCUACAGCAUGAUGCUAAGUUUGUAAUACCUGAUUGUGUGUAAAUCAGUUGAAUAGGAUGCUUUAGGCAUAAUGCGCUUGGUGGGAUUGGAUCAUUUUGGCAUUGAUGCUUUGCCACUAGCAACAUACCAGGUUUUGUGGCAAAAGAAGUGAAAUUAAUGUUAACUAUGAUGAAGGCGACUUUUUAAAUUACACCUCAUUGGGCACAAUACUUGUUCUUUUCUGUACUGUCAGAAAGUGACAGAGCGUCGUCAAUACAGUUUCCACAGAUAUCUUUGUUAUUUGUGCAUUGCUAACUCUGAACAGAUAUUGGUCCAGUGGUCCAAGGUUGCAACUCUAUGUUGAUUAGUUUCUUUAGUCUACUGUUCCUGAACAUCCCAUCUAUUUUGAAUCACCUUUAUGUCAGGAUGAUAAUACUGCUGUGCAGUGGUCACCUGAAUCUUUGCUUUGGGAACAGAAAAUUUCAGCAUUUAAAUUUACCACAUGAUUUUAUUCAUAACUGACUACGUAUACCUAAUUUCUCUACCCUUUUGUAAAUAUUGUGAUUAUUAUUACUUUGUAAGAUUGUGUGAUAAAACUGAUCCCAUUUA